AUGGGAACAUGCAGCAGGACAGGUGGGACUCCCCAGGGACCAGUGCUGGGGCCCGACAACCUGUGCCUCGAGCUCCAGAGACACCAGCAGAGCCUCACCAUGAGACACCAGCACAGCGUCACCAUGAGACACCAGCAGAGCCUCACCAUGAGACACCAGCACAGCCUCACCAUGAGACACCAGCACAGCCGCACCAUGAGACACCAGCACAGCGUCACCAUGAGACACCAGCAGAGCCUCACCAUGAGACACCAGCACAGCCUCACCAUGAGACACCAGCACAGCCGCACCAUGAGACACCAGCACAGCCUCACCAUGAGACACCAGCAGAGCCUCACCAUGAGACAAAAGCACGGUUUCACCAUGAGACACCAGUACAGCCUCACCAUGAGACACCAGCACAGCCUCACCAUGAGACACCAGCAGAGCCUCACCAUGAGACACCAGCACAGCCUCACCAUGAGACACCAGCACAGCCUCACCAUGAGACACCAGCACAGCCUCACCAUGAGACACCAGCACGGAUUCACCAUGAGACACCAGCAGAGCCUCAUCAUGAGACACCAGCAGAGCCUCACCAUCCUCACCAUGAGACACCAGCACAGCCUCACCAUGAGACACCAGCACAGCCUCACCAUGAGACACCAGCACAGCCUCACCAUGAGACACCAGCACAGCCUCACCAUGAGACACCAGCAGAGCCUCACCAUCUGA